AUGAUUCCAGACACCUCUUCCAUCGCCGGCUACACCAUCUUUCGGGAAGAGCCCAACGAUCCCGCUCCCGAUCUGUCGUCAAUUGAACAUACCCAUCCUCUCGACCCCCUCUCAAUUGAUGAGAUCCGUGCCGCGACAAAACUAAUCCGCAGUUAUGCAUCCCCCAAAACCUUGAAAUUCAACUGUCUCACCCUCCGCGAGCCCCUCAAGGCCGAGUACUCCGCCUUUAAGGCGCGCACAGGUCCUCGUCCCGCUCGUCGCGCUUUCGCAAUCGUGAUUGAGCGGGGAUCUGGUCAAGUCUCUGAAGUCAUCGCCAACAUCCGCGACGGUAAAGUCGAAGAGUGGAAGAAUGUCUCCGACGUCGGUCCUACUCUUACCCUUGAAGACCUCGACGUCUGCGAGCGUAUCGCCCGCAAGGACCCUCGCGUGAUUCGCGCUUGUGAGGAGCUGGGUAUUACCGACAUGGAGAAGAUCUUUAUCGAUGCUUGGGCCAUCGGCUUUGAUGAUCGAUGGGGUUAUGAGCGACGUCUUCAGCAGGGUUUGGUGUAUUAUCGUGAUUCACCCAACGAUAACCAGUACGCCCAUCCUCUUGACUUUUCCGUCGUGCUCGAUACUGAGAAGGAGGAGGUCCUUGCUGUUGAUGUCCGUCUCGUCAACGGUGAACGAACCAAGAUUCCUCUCACUCAGCAUAAUUACAUGCCUGAGUUCAUCGGCGAGAACUACAUCGACGGUACUCUCAAGCCCAUCAACAUCACCCAGCCCCAAGGUGUAUCCUUCCGCAUGCGCGGCAAUGAAAUUUCCUGGGCAGGCUACAAGAUGCACAUUGGCUUCAACUACCGCGAAGGCAUCGUUCUAUCUGACGUUCGAAUGGAAGAUCACCACGAGCAUCGCGAGCGCACUCUCUUCAACAGGAUCAGUGUUGUAGAAAUGGUCGUUCCCUACGGCAACCCCGAUCCUCCUCACCACCGAAAGCACGCUUUCGAUGUCGGCGAGUACGGAACCGGUCUCAUGACCAAUUCCUUGAAGCUGGGAUGUGAUUGCAAGGGUGCUAUUCACUAUCUUGACGCCGUCAUGGCUACUGGUGAUGGUGACCCAGCUAUUAUCAAGAACGCCAUCUGCAUCCACGAAGAAGACAACGGUCUUCUCUACAAGCACACUGAUUACCGUGAUGGAAGCGUUAUCUCUGCUCGAGAUCGAAAACUCAUCAUUUCCCAAAUUAUUACAGCUGCCAACUAUGAGUAUGGCUUCUACCACACUUUUACUCUCGACGGAACAUAUAAGCUUGAGAUUAAGUUGACGGGUAUGUUAAAUACAUACUGCAUGCACCCCUCCGAGACAGCCGCUCCCUACGGUACCGAGGUAGCACCCACCAUCAACGCGCACAACCACCAACACAUCUUCUCCCUACGCGUCGACCCCGAAGUCGACGGCCCCAACAACACAGUCGUUCAAAACGACGCGUUACCUUCAGAAGCAGAAGUCGGAUCUGCCGAGAAUCCCUACGGAAAUGGCUUCUAUGCGAAGAACACCCCGUACAAGACUUCCAAGGAAGCUUCAUCAAAUUACUCCCAUGAGACACAGCGUUCUUGGGCUAUCACGAAUCCCAACAGCAUUAACCCCUCCGCCAAGAAGCCUGUCGCCUACAAGAUUCUCAACAACAACUGUCCUCCCCUCCUCGCCAAACCCGGCAGUGUAGUCUACAACCGCGCCGCCUUCGCCCGCAAGUCCCUCUGGGUAACGCCUUACAAGGACUACGAGAUUUUCCCCGCCGGCGACUACGUGUGUCAAUCCACAGGCAUCGAAAACCAUCCUCACAACUCUAAUAUCAUUGACUGGGUGAAUCGCGACGGCAACAUCGAGAACACGGAUAUCGUAUGCUAUAUCCAGUUCGGCCUUACGCAUUUCCCUCGCACGGAGGAUUUCCCUGUUAUGCCUGCUGAGCCUGUUAGCGUGAUGCUUCGCGCGUCAAAUUUCUACCAGAAGAACCCUGGUUUGUGGGUUCCUCCUUCAGCGCUUUGUGUUGAUGCUGCGAGCAAGGAUGCUUUUGGAGAGAAGAAGGAGGAGGGCGGUUCGUGCUGUGCUGGAAAGGCUGGGCCUAAGCUUUGA